AACCUUCUCAGCUGUCAGCUGUCAAACCACCUAAAAUAAUUGGGUCGAACCAAAAUUUCUAAUAGUAACAUUUUAGGUGGUUUUUCUUAUUUGUAAAAUUCAAAUGGUUUGCAAUUAGUGUAAAGCGCAGCAGAAUAAACAGAUCCCAGGUCCCCCUAAGUUUAUUGCUUUGCGAGGCCUGGUGCGAACAAAAGGAACGAGAAUUGGGAAUCUUGAGAGGAAGUUAAAGUUCGGAAAGAGGAUCGGCAACAUGUCGAACCUAUCAGUGGGACAGAUGAUAAUGGAUGCACAGCGCAUGGCCAGUCGCGUCAAGGAUUUGGAUGCACUGGGCACAGCUCUGCUGGAAGAGGCAGAGACCAAUAAUCGCCUAGUGGAGAGCUUGCGGCAAUACCAGGAGGAUAUUGAAUCACUGAAUCGCGUGGCGAAUAAUAAAACGAAUGUGGAUAUGGUGAAUCGCAUACAGCAACAGAAUGUCAACAGCUCUGAGAUACUUAAAGAGAAUCGCGAGCUGAAGAUCUGCAUUGAAGACUACGAGCGGGCCAUGGAACUGAUGAUGCAGAAGUACCGCGAACACACAGUGACGAAGGUCCUGGACAGCAAAUUUAAUUUUAAGGAGCUGUACAACGAACGCCUGUGGCAGGUGAUACGCGAACAGCGCGAAAAGAUCAACGAAAUGGCGGCGGUCAUGCAUCGGGCGGCCACUGCGGAUGAUGAGAAUGUGCAGCGGGAACUGCAGACAAUAUCACAGCUGCGCAUGGAGAAUGAAACGCUGCGCGAACUUUUGCAAAUCUCCAAGCAGUUCGGCUCAGCGCAGCGGCCAAUACGCGAAGGCGAUCACCUGCUUGAGGAGAAGGCGGUGCAAACGGACAGCCAGGCGGAUGAUUCUGCGGACGAUCUGUCCAUAUCUGGUGCUUCGGUGGAGAACAUGAACAACAAUUCUGUCAUACAGAUGUACAGCAGCCCCGAGGCCGCUAGCAGCACCAGCAAUACCAGUAACAAUUCAGCAAACACUGCCUCAGUAAACGCGCCCAGCGCUGCUCAGCCAACCAACACAGCUGUAGAUGCUGCAGCUGCAGUUGCUGUGGCUACUGUGGAAAACACAAACGCCAAUGAGAACAACAACGGUCCUGCUGCUCUCAGCACGCCAGAGACGCCAGGCAAGGCGGCAACGACGACGACGACGACGCCCAACGACGGUGAGGAGGAGCACACGCUGCCCGUUGUGGGCGCAGUUGCAAUUGGUGCCAACGCAACAUGAUAGGUGCUGAUACAGCAAUGUCUGGAUUGCAUUGUCGUCAUUGUCAUCUCCAGUCAAUCAUUGUUAAUUUGUAAUCGCUAAGCAGCACAUCUUUGAUUUCCGGCGAAACGCAUUCAUCUAAUUAACAACAAACACACACACACACUCAUCCAAUCAUAUAUACACCCAUACAUUAUAUGGUUACUCUGCAUUAGUUCAUAGCGACUAAUAAUCUCUAAGUAAUUUAUACAUACAUACAAACAUACAUACAAGUCUCAUCAAGAUCUAAUACACACUCACACUCUAUAAUCCAUGUUAUACUAUGUCGACUUAUGAUUUCUUAAUAAAUACCAUAAUAGAAACUUUUAA